GGGGGAGGAGCCUCCAGUGAAAGUGAAAGUGUUCAGACUCGUUCUAACUUCAGGGAGCAGACGGAGGAGACGUGAAGUCUGAGGCUGGUGAGUGUUCAGCUACAUUUAUAUUAUUCAUUCAUAUUAUUUCACAGUUUCACUUUUUAUCUUCAUCUGUUCAUCAAGUGUUUAAUAACACAACGUGUUUUCACAAUCAUACGUUACAGUAACCUGAGCGUGUGUGUGUGUGUGUGUCCUUGCUGGGAAGUUUUGGGUGCGGUUCUUAAACUUGUUUGUCCUGAUUCCUGUGAGCUCAGGAAAACAGGAAGUGAUGCAAUUCGCUUACCUGAGCAAGAGAGAGAGAGAGAGAGAGAGAGAGAGAGACUAUGAAGCCCUGCAUCUACUUAUUGAUUCAGUCGACAGAAACGCGCAGUGCUUUUAUUUUGAAAUGGAACUAGAGGAAAUAGACCAGACCUUGAAUAUCUAGAAGAGCAGCGUGGCCUGAACCACAACUGAGCCGCAGCCGGUGCAACAUGGACGAGGACACUUCAGAGCAAGUUGGACCCUCAACCACAAAAGGUCAGGACCACAGACUGAGAGCAGAGUCUCCAGGGUCCAGCUGUCUGUCUCUGAAGAGUGACUGGUCCAUGGAUCCUCCUCCAGUCUUCAGUAAAGAACCUGGACCCUCACACACAAAAGGUCAGGACCACAGACUGAGAGCAGAGUCUCCAGGGUCCAGCUGUCUGUCUCUGAAGAGUGACAUGUCCAUGGAUCCUCCUCCAGUCUUCAGUAAAGAACCUGGACCCUCACCCACAGAGGAGAGGAAGAGGAGUCAUGUUUCUGAGGAGGAGCAGUCGUCCUGCUGUGCUUCGUGUCAGGACGUCCUGAAGGAUCCAGUCUCCACCAGCUGUGGACACUGGUUCUGCAGACAGUGCAUCACCUCAUACUGGGACCAGUCUGGUUCUUCAGGAGACUCCUCCUGUCCCCAGUGUGGACAAAGAUCCAGAACAGGAGCUGGAGAUCGUGGUCUGCAGGAGGUUUUAGAUGAACAUAAGCUCAGUGUGAGGAGGAGUUGUGAACAUGUGACUGAAGGAAGUGAUGAAACAGGAAGUAGAACCCUCCUCAACAGGAUCUACACUGAGCUCCACAUCACAGAGGGACAGAGUGAAGAGGUUAAUACUCAACAUGAGGUGAGGCAGCUUGAGACGGCUUCCAAGAUGAAGAUCCUCCAGGACACUCCCAUCAAGGUCCACGACAUCUUCAAAGCCUCCACUGACCAGCAGAGCAGCAUCAGAGUCGUCCUGACCAACGGAGUCGCUGGCGUUGGAAAAACCUUCUCGGUGCUGAAGUUCACUCUGGACUGGGCAGAGGGUUUAGAGAACCAGGAUGUGGGUCUGCUGGCUGUGCUUUCGUUCAGGGAGCUGAACCUGGUGAAGGACCAGCAGCACAGUCUUCUCACGCUGCUCCAUGUUUUCCAUCCAGCGUUACAGAAGCUCACGGCAGAGACGCUCGCUGUCUGUAAACCUUUGUUCAUCUUUGACGGCCUGGAUGAAAGCAGACCUUCUCUGGACUUCAACCACAGGGAGCUUGUGUCUGAGGUCACACAGAGGUCAUCAGUCAACGUGCUGCUGACAAACCUCAUCCGGGGGAAUCUGCUUCCCUCGGCUCUCGUCUGGAUAACCUCCAGACCUGCGGCGGCCAAUCAGAUCCCUCCUGCAUGUGUUGACAGGGUCACAGAAGUACGAGGCUUCACUGAGGCCCAGAAGGAGGAGUACUUCAGGAGGAGGUUCAGUGAUGAAGAGCUGUGCAGCAGAAUCAUCUCACACAUCAAGACGUCCAGGAGCCUCCACAUCAUGUGUCAAAUCCCAGUCUUCUGCUGGAUCAGUGCUACAGUUCUGGAGCACAUGUUGACCACAGACCAGAGAGGAGAGCUGCCCAAGACCCUGACUGACCUGUACUCACACUUCCUGCUGGUUCAGACAAAGAGGAAGAACAACAAGUACGGUGAGGGACAUGAGACGACUCCACAGAGGCUGAUGGAGGCUGACAGGGACGUUCUCCUGAAGCUGGGGAGGCUGGCACUUAAACAUCUGGAGGAAGGAAACAUGAUGUUCUACCAAGAAGACCUGGAGCGGUGUGGUCUUAAUGUCACAGAGGCCUCAGUGUACUCAGGAGUUUGUACUGAGAUCUUCAGAAGAGAGUGUGUGAUCUUCCAGAAAUCAGUCUACUGCUUUGUUCAUCUGAGCAUUCAGGAGUUUCUGGCUGCAGUCUACAUGUUCCACUGUUACACACACACAGAAGAACUCAACAACUUCUUGGGAACAUAUGGGGACACAGACAGAACCUUCUCCCUGGAUGACCUCCUGUGGAGAACCAUGGAGAAAUCCCUCACCAGUACAAAUGGUCAUCUGGACCUGUUUGUUCGCUUCCUUCACGGCCUCAGUCUGGAGUCCAACCAGAGAGUCUUAGGAGGCCUGCUGGAUCGGACAAGGAACAAUCCAGAGAUCAUCCAGAGAGUCAUCAACAACCUGAAGGAGAUGCAGAGUGAUGACAUUUCUCCUGACAGAAGCAUCAACAUCUUCCACUGUCUGACUGAGAUGAACGACCACUCAGUUCAUCAGCAGAUGAAACAGUUCCUGACGUCAGAGAACAGAUCAGAGGAGAAACUCUCUGAGAUCCACUGCUCAGCUCUGGCCUACAUGCUGCAGAUGUCAGAGGAGGUUCUGGAUGAGUUGGACCUGAGGAAGUUCAACACAUCAAAGCAGGGUCGAUGGAGACUGAUCCCAGCUGUGAGGAACUGCAGGAAGGCUCUACUCUGGGGUUGUGGACUCUCAGAGACUCACUGUGAAGUCGUGGCCUCAGCUCUGAAGUCAGACCCCUCACAUCUGAGAGAACUGGAUCUGAGUGGAAACUGGCUGCAGCAUUCAUAUGUGAAGCUGCUGUGUUCUGGACUGGAGAGUCCAAACUGUCGACUGGAGACUCUGAGGUUGAGGGGCUGCAGUCUGUCAGAGAUCAGCUGUUCUUCUCUGGCUUCAGCUCUGAGGUCAAACCCCUCUCAUCUGAGAGAACUGGAUCUGUAUGAAAACAGAGACCUGAAGGACUCAGGAGUGAAGGAGCUGUGUGGUUUUCUACAGAGUCCAACCUGUCGACUGGAGACUCUGACGUUGAGGCUCUGCAGUCUGUCAGAGAUCAGCUGUUCUUCUCUGGCUUCAGCUCUGAGGUCAAACCCCUCUCAUCUGAGAGAACUGGAUCUGAGUAGAAACCUCCUGAAGUACUCAGGAGUGAAGGAGCUGAUUGAUCUACAGAAGAGUCCAACCUGUCGACUGGAGACUCUGAGGUGGGGGAGGUGGUCUUAGUGGAGCUGAGUGUGAAGAGGACAGUGUGUGUGGACGGAGGCUGAGCUGUGUCCUGAGGAUCCAGAGGCUGAAGCAGCAGCAGCUUGUGUGUAGUCUCCAAUCUACACAACCCCUAAUCUGCAUGUGUUUGUGAGAUGAAGCCGGAGCACCUGGAGAAAACACGGGGAGAACAUGCAGACUCCACACAGGAAGACCCCAUCUGAACCGGAUUCAAACCAGCAACCUCCCUCCCCCAUUUGUGUUUAUUCACAUGAAGAAUGUGUUUAUUGAAAUGACACAACACAAGCAGAAUAUAUAAACCCUCUAUAAAGAGUCACAUACAGUGUGUUUAAGUUUGUCUUUGUUAUUGUCCACCUUUGUCCCUCAGUGUGUCUCCAUGUGUGUAGAACCACAUUCUGUGAAGAUGUUUGUUUAUGAUCUCAAAGUUCUAAAGAAGGAAGGCUGCCGUGUCUUGAGCUCUCCCACAGCUCUGCUCUUUUUUCUAUCUUGUUGUUAUUUAUUCUUCUUUAUUUUGCAUUGUGCACUCCGACAAAGCGAGGCCUAUCAUCAUAUACGAUAGAGAACAGCUUUGUCACCAGUGAUGACCUGGACCCACCACACAGACUCCAUCAGGAGGACGGCCAGGCAGCGGCUCCUCUUCCUCCGCAGGCUGUGGAGGCUCCACAUGGACUCCAGGAUUCAGGUGCACCACAGAGAGCAUCCUGACCGGCUGCUUCACCGCCCUGAACCGUGAGGCUCCACAGAGGGUUAGGGUCACAUCACCAGGAUGGAGCUCCAUCCAUAGAGGACCUCUACACCCGGCGGUGCAGGAAGAGGACCAUCCAGAUCAUUAAAGACCUCCAUCACCCAGACAGGAACUGUUCUCCUGCUGCCGUCUGGCCGACAGUACCUCAGCAUCCGGGCCGGCAGCACCAGCUCAGAGACAGUUUCAUCCCCCAGAUAAAAUAGAGCAGCAAACAUAUUCUAAUGAUGCUAGAGCAACAGAGAGAAAACACAUCGGCAGGGACUCGGAAUGUUACGAUGGAUUUCAUUUAGAGAAGUAGCGACGGCUAAAAGAUGAGUGGCUUUCUCUGUGUUUGUUUUUCUUUUUGACACGACCCUGUUGGAUGUUAAUACUGUUAUUAUUUUUUAUUAUUACUAGUGAGUGCAGGAGUGAAGUGACUGUAUUUGUUUCACAUGUCUGAGGAAACGUUGUUUAUUUGACCUGCAGAAUCUUUUCAGUAAACUGUUCAACUCUAACGCUCUGGUCUGUUUCCCUGUCGGUUUGAGAGGCUGUAAGUUUUAUUUUGAACAUCUCUAUUCUUUUGAACUUUGGGUUAUAAUUCACAAAACCAUUUAUAAACUUUUCUUUCUGAAAUAAAGUUGAAGCUCUUUCCUCCAGACGAGGUGAGCACAUGAGUGAUGGACUUUUCUUUCUGGUUCAGCUCAUUUGUUAAUGGUGGGUUGAUCGACUGUUCUGAUUGGAUGUUCCUUAGUGGUUAUUUUUUAUGAAUCUACUUCCUGUGUUGAGCGGGAGCUGCUGUUUAAAUAUGUGUUUGACCUUUGACCUGAGCUGACCCGACAGUUCAAUGUGAUGAAGAGGAUGAAGAUGUGUAGUAUGUGUUGAACGUUGUCGUCCACUCAGAGGAUCAAUAAAGAUUAUAACUGAUGAUCAA